GUUCGAUUAUGAGUUAAGUGAAGUUGUACUAGGUAUGUGGAAAGGAUGGAUUACGAUCUGUCUCGAAUCGAUUACAUAAUUUCUGGCAUAACUUUUCCCGACACGUUAAAAGUCUUGUCGGGUCCGGAACAUAAAACUCAACAAAAGUUUGCCGUCGGGGACAAAAAUGGAGUUCUGCAGUGUCUUAGUAUCAAAGAUGAAGAACCAGUCGUUCAGUUUAAAACAUUGCCUGGAAAACCAAUUACGUCCCUGCAGAUCGCUUUGUCAUCGGGGGACAGCGCUCAUAAAAUUUUUGCCGCAUCUGGAAAUGAGGUAAAAGGCUACACAAGAAGAGGAAAGGUUUUUCUUAGCAUAGAAACUUCCGUCUCAGAAACUAUAACUUCUAUGUGCGUUCUAGGAAGUGAUCUGAUACUGUGUAGUGGUCGUACUGUGACUUUCUACAGAGAUUUGAGAGAAAUUUACUCCUAUGUUUGUGAGGACAGAGUUUUAGACAUAGCUGCAUUUGGUACUCCAAAUACGAACAGAGUGAGGCUUCUAGUUUUAAUUGCUAACAAAGGAGCGAUGAUACUCGAAAACGGCCAACAACAAAAAAGGACCUACGUGUCUUCGGGCCCAACUCGAAUAUCUACACCACCGACACUUCACACGUCGGAGCUAUGUGCAUUCUAUGGUGCUGCUGAUGGCUCUAUAGGGCUCAUAUUUUACGAGGAGUCACAGCUAAAAAGCACUUGCCUCGUCGAAGGCCGAGGUCUUGGAUCAGUAAUGUGCAUAGGAUGGUUUAUCAGCAACGUAGGCACGCAUUUGGCUGUGGGACGACACGACGGCUCCAUACAACUGUACCUCCUGAACAAUGAUAACUUUCACGAGAAGCCGCAACUGAAGUAUACUUAUUUUUGUGGAGAACCAGUCACUUCUGUUAGUGGUGGUUGUAUUAGUUCCAAUGAACCGGAAGUUCUGGCGUCGACAUUUUCAGGACGAAUAUUUGCAUUAAGAUCCCGAAGGUUUGCGCCAACGUCUGGCAUGGGAAACAUUUCUCAAGAAGCCCUUGCACUGCGACGUUCAAAGCUUGAGACCGAAGUUGCACGAUUGGAAAAACAAACGGCGAAUGAACGUGAAAAGUAUCAACGAAAUACACGCUCCUUUAGCGCUGGUGUUUCCGCACCACCUCUGUUGGACUUGCAAUACGAGUUGUCAGGCGCUACCCAGGAUAGCUGGCAGGAAUUGAAACUAAUUUCGGCAGUGCCUUUGGAUGUCCUGUUCAUAUAUUGUAUGAAUAAGCUGGACAUACAAACAGACAGCGCUGCUGUAUUAAGCAUUUGUCCACCACAGAAAAAAGCAGAAGAUCUUUUGGCAACAAUCAGAUGCCAAGCUGGUACAAAACGUCUUUGGUUGCGUAUACGAAUACAAAUUUUAAAUAACGCUGUAGUAACCGAAGGAUCGAAAGUUUUUAUUUACGUUUUACCGGCGGGUGUUCCUAGAGUUGCAAGACUUAUAAAACUUUAUUUACCUAUAUUACCACAUUAUUUUAAACACGAAGUAACUGAAGAGGAAAACAAAAGGGGACCAUGGUGCGAGUUACGAGUAACGGGCAGCUUUUCUGUUGCUGAGAUGACGUCAUGGUUAUCUGAACUGCUGCCCAGGGAGCUUCCAAGACCCACCGCAAGUGUAGCGUUCGCUCGCUCACAUUCACUUUUAGACACGAUUCUCAUAUGCAAAUACCAAAGGGGGGAAGCCGUAUUUAAAUCAGAUGACAUAUCAGCAAUAUGCAUAAUAAAAGAUGUCAUAUCUAAUAAUGCAGUGAAGAAGGGCAAACGAGUUGAAAUAUGUUGUGAUACACCUAAACUUUGUUGCCUUAAUGCCUUUCAAAGAAUACAGGAAAAAUUUGUAGUGGAACAUAAGAAGAAAAUGGAGUUUGAAUUGAAAAAGGCACUAAUGUCUUUAGAUUUAGUUAAAGAGGAAAAUGAACCAGAACUUUGCAAUGACUAUUUGAAAAUACUGGGUUCAUCAGGAGAGAAUUCUGAAAAUUGCUUUGAUGAUUAUGUUGGCAUUGUGUUAAAGUGGUAUGAUGACUGGUUUAAUUUAAAAGCAAAUAACGCUAAGAAAGCAACAGCAGAGUUAAGAGAAGCACUAACUAAAUGUAAUAUAGAUGAAAUAGAAAUAAUAUUUAAUAUGGACUCAUAAACAUACAUUUCAAUUAUCUAUUCAGUGUGAAUAUUAUUAUGUGAUGGGUACGAGUAGUGUGGCCAGUAUUCCCUUUAUACUAUUUAAAUCUUACAUAAAUACAGCUUUGAUUGUUUCAAUGUUCAUGUCAUGUUUCUAGCUAAUAAUGUGAAUGAAUACCAAAUAUAAUAAAACAGAUCCAAUACAA